GUUGGACCGUGAUGUACAUGUGAGUCUUUGGCAUGAUUAGCAGUUGUGUGACUUCUGACCAUGAAGCGGUUGUUUAUCGGUGGUCUUGGCCACACAGUGUCUGAGAAAGACCUUAAAGACAGAUUUGGAAAAUUUGGGGAUGUAUCAGAUGUGGAAAUCAUUACGAGAAAGGAUGAUCUUGGCAAUCCUUUAAAGACAUUUGGCUACAUUAACAUAAACAUCACAGAUGCUGAAUACAAACGAUGUAUGGGCGUCUUAAAUAAAUCAACAUGGAAAGGUGGAAGUUUGCUGAUCGAGUCAGCAAAAGAGAGCUUUCUACAUCGGCUUGCUGAGGAACGACAACAAAUUGUUGAGCAGGCAAAAACCCCAAAGAUCAGCCCUCUGGAGAAGGUGGGGGAGUCUCUCAAAGCUGCCGGCGUCGAGAACUUUCAUUUAAAGGCUGCAGUUCCAGGAACUGAAAUUCCCGGACAUAAGGAUUGGGUUGUGAGUAAAUUUGGGAGGGUCCUUCCUGUUCUCAACCUCAAAUGUAACGGAAAGAAGAAAGUCUUCAAGUACGAUCCAUCCAAACACUGCCAUAACAUCAAGAGACUUGAGAUGACAGACGACGUUACACCGGUGUCCCAGCUAACAUGGGAGGUUCCAGGUGGAGAUGAUGAAAUCAGUAAGAAAAGAAAAGGAGAGUUUCCGAGGCAGAAAACAUGCCCCAAAAGAUCAAAAGCAGAUAUGGAUUCAUUGAUCAGCCUUUUCACCCAAAACAAUGGAAUUACUGCAUCACCUUUUGAGAACCAACAAAACCGACUAGGUGCUAAAGGAAACCAAAGACCUGCUGAUAAAAAAUCAGUUUAUGUGUUUGACAGUGAUUCUGAAGGCGAAAUCAGGAUGUUGAUUGCUCAAGAACAUUUGAGAAAGACGAAACAGACCUUCACUGAGGACGAUGACGACAACAUUGAGGUGGUCGGGGAUGACUUUGCUGUUAAGUCCAAUGUCAUGAUUGGCAAUGCUGAACACGAUGCUGUGAAAUCCCUGCUCGAUUCCAAAGAUGAUGAGGAGUAUGAUUCAGCAGACACAGAUGAGAUACUCGCUCAGAGAAAGCCUCUCUGUGCAGACACAUCCAAGGACGUAGAAGCUGCAAAACCCAGUCAAGACUCCCAAAUAAAAUCCAGGAAGAAGCAAGAAAAAGUUGAAUUGAAACCUGUUAGCUCUUCAUCAGACAGUGGUAGCGAUGAGGUAUCCGAUGAUGGUGAUGAUGAUAGCAGCGUUGAUUCUGAGUAUGAAGCUAUGAUGGAUAACUGCUACCGAUUAGAUCUUUCCCUUGCAGACUUGGAAAACCUAGCAAAAAAGGCAGAGGUGGCGCCAGACGGUGAGAACGAAAAAGAACCCAACGAGAACCCCAAGACCCCAAUUGCAUCUAGCAAGAAAAAAGGCAAUAACCCAGAAGAUAUUCUGGCAUCCAUCCUCGGGGACGAAACUCCUGAGAAAGAAAACAAGAAGAAUUUGGUGAAACUAGUACCUCUCCCUGCUUUCAUCGGAACGAAAGAUCUCUUCGGAGAUCCUGCAACCGGUCCGUCAGAACCCAGUUUGAAAAGACCGGCCCAGAGUUUAGACAAUAACUCAGAAGUAGGUCCCAAGAGACCAAAACAAGACAAAACAAGUGUCUCGAUGAACAAACGUCAACCAUCCACAAGUGCGAAUUUGCACAAAGUCUCCAACUCUAGUUCUUCAUCAGAAGAUGAUUCUUCUAGCGAGGAAUCAGAUCUCACUGAAAACGAAGACAAUCAAGAUGUAGUCAAAAGUCUAAAAACCACCCAUUCGUCGCCACAAGACGUUGAGAAAAAGAUUGUCAGUGCUAAUAGGUCAAACAGCCUAAACAAAAAGAUGCCCAAGAAAACAAACAGCUCCGGAUCCUCCAGCAGUGACUCUUCCAGUGAAGAAUCAGAAACCGAGGACCAGAUCUCCACAACUCAUCUGACGAGUUCCAGUUCUUCCCCCUCAAAGAAAGUUGACACACGUCCCACAGUUUUUCACCCAACCGUUCCUGAUGCUCAGAAACAAAAACAGGACAACCAGAAACGUCUCGCGGCUCUGGAGCAGAGACUUAAAGAGACGGAACAGCAGAAGAAAUUGAUUCAAGGAGCUCUGUCAAAUGUGGAUGCCGUGAACACAAACCGGACCAAACACAUCGUGUUCGAUUCCGAUGAUGACGAAAGGUCAAACAAGCUACAAGACAAACAACCAGCAAGCCAGAAAAACAAACUCUUCGAGGAGGAUUCGGAAUCUGAACUUGAUGAUUCGCAAGAAAAGUCAAAACAAAAUUCUGGCGGCACCCAACUGUUCGAGAGCGAUGAUGAUGAUGAUGGCGGGACAGAUCGUUUUAAGAUCAAGCCCCAGUUUGAGGGCAAAGCUGGACGGAAGCUCAUGGCACUGCAGUCGAGAUUUGGGGCAGAUUCGAGGUUCCAGAUGGGUUCUAGAUUUCUGGAAAUUGAUGACGAUAAGGAAGUUGAAGAUGAAACGGCUCCAGCAAAGAACACAGAGGAAGAACUUCUUGAGGAGAAAAAGAAAAAUCUCGAUAUUCUCCAGAGCAUAUUCAAAACCACCAGAGUAGAACCUGCGAAGGCCAAGAUGUUUAAAGAUGUUUCGGCCCUGCAUUACGACCCGACACGAAAGGAUCAUGAAGCGUUUGAGUGCAAGGCUAAGCAACCAAACGUGACAGACAGCAAAGCAGCGAGGCGAAAGAAACGUGAGGAAGCCGAAAAAGUCCCGGAAGUAUCGAAAGAGAUUUACUUCGACGUGUCGGCGGAUCUGAAGAACGUGUUCGGGACACCGAAAGAUAAAGACAAUCAAGACGCCACAGAAACAAGAAACGAGAUUUUGUGGGAUGAAGAGGAGGAAGAUCAAGAAAAUGAAAAGACUAACGCACAAACCCAUGAAGACGCUUCUACCGGAUUUCAGUUCUCCUUCUUUGGGAGUGACGCUGUUACCGAAACAACCAGCAAAACAGACGAAUAUAAAUUCGAGACGUUGAAAGGGGCAAAGUUCUCCUGGCAAGCGGAUCCACGUUUCCAGGACAGCAGCUCAGAUGAGGAGGGCGUGGACCAGGUCGAGCCGGACCAAUCAGCUUUCAGCAAAACCAUAGGAGAACCAACUCCAGCGAAGAAAACGUUUUUCUUUUUCUUCCGAGAUGAUGAACGUUUAAAAGAGGGUCCUGGCAUGUUCUAUAGAAGUGUUGCAUUAGGAGAGCAGAAGGAAGCCUGGGAAGAAACAAGGUCCUCGCUCCAAGAGGAGUAUCGUAAGAAACACAGAGAUGCCAAAAGACGCCAGAGGCCGACGGUGAAAACCUGAAAUGAAUGUAUUUUGAACAAGUAAUUUUCUUAUAACGACAGAUGUCACAUUUUUGCAGAAAUGCGUGCAUUUACUCACUUUCUGUAGCUGUAAUUUAUCUGAAUCUUCAGAAGUAAUAAAUGUUCAUUUCUAACACUA